AUGAGUGGCAAGAAGGUAGCCAAGGUCGUCAUCAUUGGCAGUGGUCCAAGUGGCCAUACAGCUGCCAUAUAUGCUGCUCGUGCCAAUAUGGAGCCUGUCCUCUAUGAAGGCUUUUUAGCUGGAGGUGUCGCUGCUGGUGGUCAGUUGACUACCACCACUGAAGUCGAAAACUUUCCUGGAUUUCCAAAAGGAAUUAGUGGACCUGAUAUGAUGGAUUUGUUCAAGGAACAAUCGACAAAGUUUGGAACCACCGUUGUGUCUGAGACGAUAUCAAAGGUCGACUUCUCAUCACGACCCUUCAAAAUGUGGCGUGAAAACUAUGAAACUGAAGAAGACACAAUUUAUGCAGAAUCUGUUAUUGUUGCUACUGGUGCUACCGCUCAACGAUUGCACAUUAAGGGAGAGGAAACUUACUGGCAGGCUGGUAUAUCUGCUUGCGCUGUAUGUGAUGGAGCUGUCCCCAUCUUUAGAAAUAAGCCUUUGGUGGUGGUUGGUGGUGGUGACUCGGCCUCAGAGGAAGCUACAUUCCUCACAAAAUACGCAUCCAAAGUAUACGUCUUGGUGCGUCGUGACAAACUACGAGCCUCAAAAGUCAUGGCAGAUCGUCUACUUCGACAUCCCAAAGUCGAAGUCCUGUGGAAUAAAGUCCCUGUAGAAGCUACCGGUGAUGGAAGACUUCUCAGAGGUCUCGUCAUUGAAGACACAGUCACAAAAGAACACACCACAUUGGAUGUCAAUGGACUGUUUUACGCUAUUGGACAUAAACCGAAUACUGAAAGCUUUAAAGGUGUAUUGGAUAUGGAUGCUGAAGGAUAUCUGAAAACGUAUCCUAAUCAUGGUUACCCAUCCACAUAUACCAACAUUCCAGGAGUCUUUGCAUGUGGUGAUGUACAAGAUCGAACGUAUCGCCAGGCUAUUACAGCUGCUGGAUCAGGAUGCAUGGCAGCACUAGACGCUGAGAGAUGGUUGGAAGCUCAAGAAUAA